AUGUUGAUCAGAAACAAGUUCCACCAGGUCUUAGCCGACAGCGUACUAAGCACCACUCGCCGCCCAUGGCUCACGCCAUCCACCACGACGCGGGCCUUGACGACGGACAGCCCAGCACCAUCAACGAGGACGCUCACUGACCGGCCGACGCCGAGCUCAUCAUCGACCAGUCGCCUGCUGCCGGUCCGGCCGUCGACCUCCAAGCACCCGCGGCCGAGUGCCGCCAACCCGAACCAGACUCUCGCCGUCGCCGCCUUGCUCUCUCGAUCCCCGCUGCUCCUGCGCCCAUUGUCGGAGUUCGAGGAUGCGUAUUAUCUCUACCAACGCGAGCUCAAUCAGGCGCUCUCGAAACCGAUAAGGUCCUCCUUCUUCUUCAGACCCGGCUCCCAUGCCGCUAAAGCUUUCGAACUCGCAAACCUCUCUCAGAGCGCUCUCGAGCUGCCCAGUCCGACCCCUUCUUCUUCUUCUGAUGAUGAUGACUUACUCCACAAGAACCCUGGCUCAACGACCCUCUCACUUCACAAUCUCGAACGUCAUCCACAUCAAGUCAUUUAUCUCUUCAUCAAACAACUCUCUCAAUGGCAACUUCCUUUUGUACGGAUUGGCGAUCUUAAGCUUGGAUCCUUAAUCUCCCAAAUUUAUCAUUUAGCAACCACUCGAAUCCUGGGCUCAGAUACUCUAACCCAAGCUUCAUUACGCGCAGUCCAUCAGAGCUUAGGGCCCAACAUGGACAUCUGGUCUGUUGGAAAAGGAUCCAAAUACGAUAAGGUUUGGGUGAUGCCACAGCGGAUCCUUCGAGGAAAGCCAGACCUCUCUUUCCGUCCCUCCUCCUCAUCAUCAUCAAUCAACACUUCUUCUACUUCGCCUCGGACGACCCUGCAAUCAGAUGGAAACGCCCAAGAGGAUCCGGUCGAAGACUUCGCGUGGUUCACGGCAGACGAGAUCCGCGAAAGAGUCGAGCCGUCCGUCUGGGACGCUUUGGAACCCGUCCUCAAAUAA